CGAUUUUUUCAUGAUGGGAUAUUCGUUUUCAAAGCAAGAUAGCAAUGAGGAAAUCACAAAACAGAUCAAUGAUCUUGAUUCUUUGAUAUCUAUCAUUGCUACAAAACAGGAGUCAAUGCAUAGAGAAAUAAAUUCACAAAGUGAUGAAAUUAAGAAACUGGUUGAUGGAAAGGAAAAAGUUAAACACUUAUUGAACACACCACGUUCUUCUCGUGGGGAUCAAAUUGAUUACAUGCAUAAAGCAAAUGUUCUUCAACGUAGUCUUGAUGAUUUGAAAAGAAGUUAUGAUGAAUUAUUGAGGGAAAAGAACUAUGUGGAUUCUGAGAGAAAAAGAUUCCAAAGUGAUAAAGAACAGCUAGAAAAAGAAGUGAGGAGAUGGAAAGAAAAGGAUCGUGAAAGAGUAACACUUCAACAUCAAAAUGGAGAAUUGGAAAGAGAAGUGCAGAGAUUGAAAUAUCGCUUGGAGGAAGCAAUGCGUAAAAAACCUGUUCAAAUAUACAUAUAUGCCCCAUCAAUGAAUGAGAAAAUUUCUACUGCGGUGAGAUCAGAGCUACAAAUCAUCUUGAUGGGGCAUCUGGAGGCCACCAGGGGCAGACAACUGGAGAUUGUGUAUACCUCUGAUGCUAAAUCUGUGUCCUCAAACAAACCCCUGAUAGUUCUGUGUAUUAACGCCUCCAGACUGGGGACAGAUGUGGAACAGGCUCUUCAGCAGGUCAACUGUUCCAAAUCAGUGACAGUAGCAGUGAUACAUCAUAAAGAGCUUCACGCCCUGCCCCCACAAACCUCAGAAAAACUUCUCUACGGGGAUAAAUUCCGAGAUCUUUAUGCUAUUGUGGACAUUGCCUUUCUCACUAGCAAAGGGAUGUAUACUUGUGAUAUGAAUAACAGAGCACUGGAGAGACUCACAGAAUUCAUAUGUCAAUUUGAUACAUAAAUUAAUUAAAAAAUUUCGUAAUAUACUUGCAUAUAAGUCAGACUAUUUUGGAGAAAUAUGCCAUUGAUCCGCUUAUAAGUUGGUACUUUUUUUGGCCAGAAUCUGUUGCCAAUUUCUGAUCAAUAUUCUAUUGUACUUACACAUGUUUUAAAGUAUGUUUUGGGGAAUCACAUUGAUAUUUGAUCUUUUCACAAAUCAAACAAAAAUAGUAUUUUUAAAAUUUCUAAGCACAAGUUUUAUGCAUAAGGUAACCUUAGAUCUUCCCUUCCUUAUAUUAAAAGAAUCUUUAAGUUCUGACCUUUAUAAAUGAUUAUCGCUGGAGUUGAUACAUAAUUACUAUAUUUCCUCUUCUAGAAAAAUGGAAUUUAUAAGUCGGACAUAGAGUUUUGAACCAAAAUUUGACUCCCAUUUAUAGGCAAGUAUGUUACUUCAGAUUAAAAAAAAAUCCCCAAAAAAGCAGGUUCACCUUAAUUGUUGUCAUUGCUACAGUCUUUUGUAAAAAAAAAAAUGCUAUUAAAAAUAUAUUUAUUUAUGUUGUCAAUAAUUGUGCCAUAUAAAAGCAUUGGUCCAGCUCAAAUCCAGAAGACAUAUAAAUACAGCUGUAUCUCAAACACAAGUAUAAUGUCAAAGACCAGGGAAAUAGGGAAGUAACUCCAGGCUCCUUUCAUUUGAAUAAGAGUUUCAACUUUAUUGAAUUCUUGUAUAUCACUAGGUUUUUUGUUGUCAGUCCCAGCAAGUCUGAUAUACCUGGGUUUACCUGUUAUACUUGUAUUGAAAUAACAUAGUACAUGUAUAUGUAUACAAUACACAUCGUUUUAAUCAUUGAUUUAUGAUGUACCAAUGUUUUCACAUCCAUGAAAUAUGUUACUGUUAAGUAUAUAUUCAUACUAAAGAAAUAAAUCAGAAAUUGCUGGA